UCAAUCUAAGAUGGCGGACGAGACCGAAGACCUCGAGGAACAAAUUUCAGACGCUCAUCAGAAAAUGGAAGGUGAAGGUGGAGAUGGUGAGGAAGACGUAAAUCAAGGAUGGGCAGAUGCUAUGGCAAGAAUCCUUGAAAAUCAGCUACCAGAGGACAAGCCACCUGUGUUACUUAAAUACAAGAAAAUUGAAAAGAGAAAAGCAGAGAGAAAAGAAGAAUUAGCCUCCAAGAAGCUGAAAAGUCAAGAACGUCAUGCUAUGCUUGAAAAAGACCAUAUUAAACCUGAUGCCUCAACACUGGAUUAUGAAAAGAACUUAAUGAGAAUUGCAACAAGAGGAGUUGUCAAACUGUUCAAUGCAGUCAGUAAACAUCAGAAGGAGAUGGACAAUAAACUAAACUCAGCUCCUACUGAAGCCAAGAAAAUGAAAGUGGAAUCGAUGUCCAAAUCUACCUUUCUUGACAUGCUGAAAAGUAGCUCUGACAAGGGAUGGAAUCAAGAGCAUAAAGAACAGAAAGGAACGGGAAUCGACCUCACCAAUACUGAUGAUACGUCGUCAUGGAGCAUUCUACGGGAUGAUUUCAUGAUGGGCGCCAAAAUGAAAGACUGGAACCGAGAAGAACAAAAAACCAAGAGAAAAGAUAAAAAACUAAUGAACAUUCCUGAUCAUGAACUGGAAACAAGUAACGCUGACUUCAUGGAUGAGUCAGAUGAUGGCAACAACGCGCAGUCGGAUUCAGAGUCAGAUAUGGAUUCGCAAGGAGGCUAGAUCGUGACAUGGCGUGAUAUAGCGUGACAAAAAGUAUCUCAAUACCGCGCUUUUUUAUCAAUUUCGAUUACUUCGAAUGACACUGUCCUGUAACGCAAAGUGACGCUUUGAAGGAAAUGCUGUUAAUAAUGCUAGUUUGCAACUGAAAAAACUCAGUCGAUAUUCUACUUUUGGGAGAUGGAAAUCUAAAAUGGACGCACACGUCCGGUCCCAAAGGUGCCCAGAAGAUGGUUGACUUCCCCUUAAAACAACUCGGCAAAGAGCACAAAGUCCCCUAAAGCAACUCGGCAAAGGGCGCAAAUUCCCCUAAAGCAACUCGGCAAAGAGCGCAAAGUCCCCUAAAGCAACUCGGCAAAGGGCGCAAAGUGCGCGCAGACAACCUAAAAUGGAAUGAAUCCCUUGCCACCGUUGCUGUGGCGUUGCUGAUGUGCUCUCGACAACUGUAUAUUUUAAUGUAAAGGCAAUCAUGAUAUUGAUAUUAUUUAUGACUGGCAACGCGUAAAAGCUGAACGGUCGAUUCUAUGGCCCUCCAGAGCAAGAUUUCCAGUAUCCUUGACAAUCUGUUCUAUUCUAAAUAAACAUGGA